AUGCUUGUAGAAUAAGUUAAGGUUGUUCUAAAGAAGAAUUUUCUUUUGAGCAUCCGUUCAAAAGAAAUUCUUGCAGAUAUAUUUUUCCCUCUUGUUGUAGGAUUAGUCGUAUCUUAUGUUACUAAUGAACUGAAUAAAGUCAUAUUGGGAAUUCCUUUCACCAGCUUUACCAGAUCAAUAGUUUAUUAAUUCGUUCACGAUAAAGCUGAAAGAAUGAAAGAAAUAUAGAAAAUUAUGGGAUUGAGAACUACAUCUUAUAAUGUUUCUUGGCUAUUUUACUAUUACCUCCGUGGCUUUAUUGCUUGUUUAUUCUUCUUAAUUCCAGCAGCUGCUAACGGAGUACUUACAGUUGAAGGUUUUGACUGGGUUUCUGCCUCAAUUAUGUACAUAUCAAAUAUGUAUAUGAACAUUCAUUUCGCAUUCUUCAUAUCUUCGUUCUUCUCAAGACCCAGGCUAGCAGCUGAACUCUAUAUGCUUCUUUCAGUUAUAAUGACUUUGUUCUUUUAUGCUGCUUUUGAUGAAAAUAUUGGAUAAGAUAAUAGUUUGAUGCUUCUUUUAGCAUUUGUCUUCCCUUAGAGUGCUAUGAUGUGGGCUUGGCUUUCUAAUGGAUGGUAGUAAAGCACUUAAAUAUUAUAUUUUACUUUCGAAGAAGGAAUGAUGGUUAUUAAUGUUAUGUCAGUUUUCUACUUGAUUUCUUUCUUGUAUUUUGAUUAAAUCAUUCAAACAGAGUUUGGCACAAGCAAAAGCCCUUUCUUUUUCAUCACUGAACUCUUUUAGAAAAGUAGUAUCAAAGGUAGAGUUUAUUCUCUAUUCGAAAAAGAACUAGAAUCUUAAGAUCUCUCAUAAGCUCAUUAUAAAGAAGAAGUUGAUACCACAAAGUAUAAGAGCUCUGUUCAAAUCAAAGAGUUGAGUAAAAAGUUUGGCAGCUUUUAGGCAGUUUAAGAUUUAAAUUUGACUUUAUUUGAAAAAUAAAUUUUCUGUCUUUUAGGUCAUAAUGGUGCUGGUAAAACUACUACAAUUUCAUUGCUAACAGGUUUAAUAAAGAAGACAUCUGGAAGAGUCAAAAUUUAUGAUAAGGAUUAAGAUGAAGAUUUUGAGUAGAUACGUUCUUACAUCGGUCUUUGCACUUAAAAAGAUGCAUUAUAUGAUUAACUCACCAUUGAAGAGCACUUGGCAUACAUUGGUGAAUUAAAGGGAAAGUAUGGAGAUGAACUUAAAAAAGACAUAGAAAACGUUAUUAUGAAGUGCGCUUUAGAUUUACAAAGAGGAAAGUAAGCUUAGAACUUAAGUGGUGGUAAUAAAAGAAAGCUUUCUAUGGCUAUGGCAUUAAUUGGAGGAAGUAAGGUUAUAUUUUUGGAUGAACCAACUAGUGGAUUAGACAGUUUAAGUAGAAUCUAAAUUAGAGACAUCAUCAAUGAUAUGAGAGAUGCUGAGAGAACAAUUGUACUAACAACACAUCAUUUAGAAGAAGUAGAAGAACUAGCUGAUAGAACAGCUAUUAUGGCCAGGGGACAGCUUCUUGCUGUAGGUUCUAAUCACUUCAUAAAGCAAAAGUUUGGUAUCGGAUAUCAUUUAACUCUCUCUAAAAAGAGUCAAAUCUAAAUGAAUGAAGAGUAAGCUUAGCAGAAUGAAUUAAAUCUAGCAGGUAGAGAAGGCUACGAAAAAUACGAAGCUAAUAAAUUCUUAAGCGCUGAAAGAUGCGAACAACUCAAAUAAGUAGUUUUUUAACUUAUCCCAAAUGCUAAAUACAACCCAUAGAGCGCUAAAGGAACAGUAGCCAUGACAUUACCUUUUGAUGCUAAGAACAAGUUUGUGGAGCUCUUCAAAACAUUAGAAAAAGACUUUGAAGAUGUUUAGAUUAUGUUUGAAAUGAAUACUCUUGAAGAUGCUUUCAUUAAUAUUGGAAUGGAUGAACAAAAAUACUUAAAUGUUGACAACAAAGCUAGUAAAGAAUAAGAGAAAUUCACUGAUUUCAACAAUAUCUAAGCUCCUGAAUGUUUAAAUAGAGCUCCAAGAUUUUUAUUCUUCAAUUAAUUAUGGGCUCUUUUCUUAAGAAGAAUGUAUGUGUCCUUUAGGUCUGUUGCUAUGAUUUUUACUUUCUUGUUUCCUCUGUUAACUUAAAUCGGUGGUGUAAUCCUUACCAAAUAAGCUUUCAAAGAUUUUGACGGAUCAGAUGAAAAUAGAGAUUUUGGACAACUCUCACUAAACGCAGCCUUUUAAUUGCUUUCAUAUUGCCUAACUAUGACAGGUAUAGCUGCCUCUCCUGUUAUCGAUAAUGAGAGUAAAUUAAGAUACGCUCUUACUGUUAUGGGUUGUAGAAAUAUUACUUAUUGGCUUGGAGCUUUUGUAUUUGAUUCACUUAUUAUGCUUUUUAUGUUUGCUAUUUUCUACUUCUUGGUUCCAUUUUUCGAUAUUCCUGGGCUUUAAAAUAACUUAGGUGGCAUUUCUCAAGUUAUAAUUAUUUCUAUUUUUUGCUUUAUCGGAUUUUCUUACUUAUGCUCAUUCAUCUACUCUCGCUCAAGAUGGGUUUAUUUAACUUAUCCUUGGCUUAUAUUCUUCGUCUUCUUUGCAGGAUUUUAGGCUCUCUUCCUCUACGAAAAAACUACUUCACCAUUUUUAAGAUGGGUUUACUGUUUAAUUUCUCCCUUUUUAAACAUGUCUAACGGUAUGAUAGUCUUGGCAUUAGAAACAUACUUUGGCGGUAAUACUAGUUCAUAUUCACCUUUUUGGGUUUCUAUGUUCCCUGAUGAGUUUGCAGACCACACUCUCUAUAUGAAAAUCUUAAUUGGCCAAGCUUUCCUUUAUAUUACUUUGGCCAUUUCAGUAGAUUAUUUAAUUUAGUAAAUGCCAAAUAAAUCAAUUAGAAAAGAAGAUUACUCUUAAUUGGAAAGAGAACAAGUUGUUGCUAACUAGGAAAUUAUUGAAGAAGAUUAAAGAGUAGCAAAUCCUUACUGCUAAGACAAAAUCAAAGUUUCUAAGCUCUACAAGACAUAUUAUCCAGGUGGAAAGCCAUUUACAGCUAUUCAGAACAACAGUUUUGGUGUUCAUAAUGGUGAGGUUAUGGGAUUAUUAGGACCUAAUGGAGCUGGAAAGUCUACUACUUUCAAUAUUAUUACAUCUUUGCUUUAAAAAAGUUCUGGUUCUGUUCAAUUAAAGGGCGUAGAAGUAAAAAGUGGAGUUAUGGAUGUUUAUUAAGAUGUAGGUAUUUGUCCUUAGUUUGAUUCUGUAUAUGAAAAUCUUUCUGUAGAAGAUCAUCUUAAUCUGUUUGGUCGCAUGAAAGGUUUGUAUGGAAGAGAUUUAACAGACUCCGUUAACUACUUUAUAAAAAUUAUGCAAUUAGAAGAUUAUAGAAAAAGAGCUGCAGGCAAGCUAAGUGGUGGUAAUAAAAGAAAACUUUGUGUUACUAUUGCCUUAAUUGGAGGUCCUGAUAUGUAGUUCUUUGAUGAACCUUCUUCAGGUGUAGAUCCUAUUGCAAGAAGAUUCCUUUGGAAUACUCUUAAGAUGUCUCUUUAAAAAAGAAAUAGUGCUAUUGUUUUAACUACACAUUCUAUGCACGAAGCUGAAACCCUCUGCACAAAAAUUGGCAUUCUAGUUAAUGGUAAAUUUUAAUGUAUGGGUAGCCCUGAUUUCCUUAAAAAGAAAUAUGGAGAUGGAUACAGAUUAAUUAUUAAGUUGAAGGAUGAAGCUAAUGCCAACUUUGUUCAUGAGCAAAUUAGUUAAACUUUACCUCAAGCAAAGAAAAUAGUUAACUUUGAUGGCUAAAACGUUAUUUACCAAAUAGAGUAUGAUAACUUUUCUUUCUACACUGUUUACAGUCUUUUGGAUAAGCUUUCAACAACUCCUUCUAAAGUUGUUGCAUUAGAUAAAAAUCAACUUAAUUAAAGCAUGAGAUAAUCCGCUGGAAAUAAUAGCAUAAAUUUGAAUUAAGACAUUGAGUAGCAAAACAAUUAUUUAGUUCAUAGAAGUUCAAUUGAGAGAAACAAUAAAUGCGUAGUAGAUAGUUUCUAGAUUACAGAGAGUACACUAGAAUAAAUUUUCAUUCAGUUUUCAUAGCACUAAGCAGUUAAAGAUGAAGAGACUGAAAAUAAAGUCAAAAGAAGAAAAUUCCUUUGUUUUUGA